ACAUUGUUGUCUCUUCGAGAAACUUAAAAGUGAUCUUUUAAGGUUUUUGUUGUUUAGGAUUUGUACGUUGUCUUUUGCUUGGUUACUGAGACUUUACUUAUGUGUACGAAUUAUUCCUGUCAUUGAUUGAUGUCUCCGAGKAUUACAAAACGGAAAACAUGUGAAUGAACAACACCCACUGCUUUUGUUUUUUUGAGAUCCAGUGAAACACAUUGCAACAAUUGUCAAAGUGAUUACAAAUGUUUCUAAAAGUAUGCAGUGCGGGGCCGUUUCAGCACCGGAUAGCUCCCUGUGUUGUAUAGUCCAAGGACAGCACUGUUGUUCUCUUCAAACGGUUCUCUUAACCCUCAGUAUGGCAGAUUGUCGCAUCAUCUGCCAAGCUGCACAGAGAAAAUUAUACGUUUUAGAAGUUUAACUAGGUUAUUAUAUUCUGUCGCUGUUGUUCAUGUUUGAUUUAAUCUGUCACACCUUCUUGUUAAACGGUUAGAAGAGGGAUUCUUUAACUUUUCAGUAAACACCAGUAGUUAUAAAUGCAACAUUUUUCCCUUUUCAUUCUAAGUUUUAUCACUCAAAUCUUCCCCAUAAUCACCCGCAGAUCUUCAUUCUUCUUGUCUUUAAAAGGUCAAUGUGGAUUUCACUGCUAUGAAUGCAAUGAUCAAGUUGCUUUUCCUCAAAUUUCUUUACAAUAACGUUACAUUUAACAUUUACAUACAAGAUAAAAAUAUAAAACUUUCCCCACAACUUUUAAUAGCUUCCAGCUUUUUAUCGUUCUGCAAAUAUUAAGUAAUACUGUAAGUAAUAAUGAGAUGUUGAUGUUAGUCAGUUAACUAGCCUCCAUUCAGAUGCUUAACAGAUAUGAUAGCUGUUGUUUGGCAAAUGCAGUUUUACGACAGCAUUCCCUUAAUAAGAGUGAGUGAAGGCUGACGCUUAUGUAGUUUCAGCACCAUUACUGCUUCUCUCGAGCAGAAAUAUUGUACUUCUUGUGAGCAAAAAGAAGACCCAUGGAGCUUCGUUUAAUCCAGCUGACUAGCAGUGUGCAGGCUGGGAGGACUGAUGUUUUUUAGCUCGACUCAGCUGGAUAAAACUCUGAUCACACAGGCUCCACUUUUCCUUUUCCCUGGCAUUAAAAUGACUUAAAAUAGUGAAACGAUUGCACUUCCGUAGAUUUUCAUCACCUAUUCAAACAUUUUGACGCAGGUUCUGGUGUCAUCUGAUCGUGUGGUGUUAUAAAGACGGCGUGGUUUACAGGCCGCAGUGCUCUGCGAGGCAUUCAUGAACCAGCUGCUGCCUGGGAAAUUUCCUGGCCUCCUUUCAGCCUGGACUAGCAGCUUGUUUACCAGGCAUCUAUUAUUAAUGGCGUAAACAGAUACAGGCAGUGGAGAUGGGUUGAAUGCCUUUCCUGGCCUCCUUUCAGCCCGGACUAGCAGCUUGUUUACCAGGCAUCCAUUAUUAAUGGCGUAAACAGAUACAGGCAAUGAAGGUGGGUUGAAUACCUCGGUGCACCUUUCAGUUUGAGAGAGCACGUGACGACCAGAAAGGUGUGUGGAAACGUGAGCGUCCCCCACUUUCUGUGUCAGUUUUUAACAAUAAUUAAAAUUCACUCGUUCUCCGCACUGAGUCGAAUGUUUUCAUUUUCGGGAACUAGAAACAAAUCUGCGAACAUAAAUUUAAAAACAAAAUAAAAAUAAAAUAAAAAAUAAAAAAGUUAGUAGUGAAUGAUGUCUGUUGUGCUCUUCAAGUGUCCUCGCGCUUGUCCGCUUGUUUUUAAUCCGUGAGCACGCGCGUUAUGUUCUUGCUGCUGUUCUCCUUUUCCCACACGUGCGGAGGAUAUGAAGCCACGCCCCUCGACAGCUUGCGCUUUCACGUGAGGGAAGGCGAGGGCGGGCCGCACGUGUUUGUCCACGAGUGUCCCGUUCUUGCGAGAGAAGUCACAGCAGACAGCCUGUGUUUUUGGGAGAGAUGCUGACUUGCGACCUCGACUGCACGCCAUACGUAAACUUUAAUUAAUUUAUAAUUUUUUUGCCUUCUUUAUCUCUACGGGUUUUGUCCAAUCUAGUGAGAGUUUUCAUUUAUAUUUUUAGUGCCAUUUUUUUUUUAAAUAGAAAAAAUAUGUUCAGAUAUCUACAUAUUCUUACAGUUUGUACAUGUGGUUCGUGAUAUUAUUCUAUGUACAUUAUCUUUCAGCAAUUAUUACCUAUAAGACAGAGUAGCAACUACAACAAAAAUGAGACGCUGAUACAUAUUCAUGUUCAAAAGCAGCGACGACCAAUCAGCUCCUACUAUUCCCCCUCAGUGGGUGGUACUCGCGCUCAUGAAUAUCCAAUGAGCGCGCUCGGUGGGUACGCAGAACGAGGCGGUUGUGAAGUCUAUUAGACUCGUCUUAUUAUUGAUAAAGAAGGUCCGACAUUAGCUGUGGUUGAAGAAAAAGUGGGGAAUUUGUGCGGGGUUUUUAUCGCCGUGGUUCUGGACCGAGCACUAGCUGCCAACUCAGCCUCCGUCUGCCUGGAACCUUGGCACGGAAUAAUGCCUGGCAAAGCCGAGGUGGCAGUGGCGCUCCCAGCCGCAGCGGCUCCUCCGAAGUCCUACCCUUUUGUUUUAAAGAAGAUCAUGGACAUCCCACCUCCUAAUAUCCUGGACGAAGGAGACGACGAAUUAGAGAAGGAGAAGCAGUGCUCCUCUGAGGAUGUGGAAGGAGGAGGCGGUGUGGCCUCCAGUGCUGGUGGAGGCUCCAGAGGAGCAGGAGGUGGAGGCAGCGGAGGAGGCGGCGCAGGAGCGUCGGCCUCCCUGACCCCAGCCAUUUGGGAGAAGACCAUUCCUUACGAUGGCGAGACGUUCCACUUGGAGUACAUGGACCUGGAUGAGUUUCUCCUGGAGAACGGCAUCCCGGUGAGCCUGGAGGAAGAGGAGCUACAGAGGACUCUGGCCUCCGUGGAAACCAAAGGUAAACCCGCUCCCAAGGCCGUCGCUAUGGCUCCCGCUGCACCAGCCGCAGCCCCUCCGACUGCUGCCGAAGUCUCUGUUCCAGCACCGCCCGCCGCGUCUCCCUCCGACGCCCCUUCGGAUGCAGAGGAAACUGUGACGGUCACDACGUUGCAGCCCGCCAAAAUAGAAGAAGAAGAAGAAGAAGAAGAUGAAGAAGAAGAAGAGGAGGAAGGGCAGGAAGAGGAAGCUUUGACUGAGGAAGAUCCAGCAGAAGUGAAAGGRAAGAAAACAGACGGUAAAGGUGGUGCAGAACGAAACUCUCCCUCCCCCAUCGACCCCGAUGCCAUCGAGGUGGACAUCAACUUCCAGCCGGACCCCACGGACCUGGUCCUGUCCAGCGUUCCUGGGGGAGAGCUGUUCAACCCCCGCAAGCACAAGUUCUCCGACGAGGAGCUGAARCCCCAGCCCAUGAUCAAGAAAGCAAAGAAAGUGUUUGUUCCUGAUGAGAAAAAGGAUGAGAAGUACUGGUCCAGGAGGAAGAAGAACAACCUGGCAGCAAAGCGUUCCCGUGAUGCGCGGCGUCUGAAAGAGAACCAGAUCACGGUGCGGGCCUCCUUCCUGGAGCGGGAAAACGCCGCGCUGAGGCAGCAGGUUGCUGAGCUGCGGAAGGACUGCGGCCGCUGCAAGAACGUCUUGGCCCGCUACGAGGCCAAGUAUGGACCUCUGUAAAAACAAAAACAAACAAGAAAAAAAUAGAAAAGAAACGGCGACAAAAAAAGAAGAACGGAAUAAAAAGAAAUCUAGAAUCCAACGAGACAGAAGCAGAACUCCCCUCCCCGCAGAAUCCCAACACGAGACACAAACCUAAAUUUGCAAUGUUGUCUUCACCGACCUCCGGUAGAGCUCCGGCUGACGUGAUGAUGCUGGAGGUUUGGACGCACGCUGUCAGGUGAUGGGGGGUGCGACGGGAGCGGUGGUUGCAGGAAGGCCUGUGGAGAGCGCCUGGCUCCUACACUGAAAGAAGUGGUCAAUUGUGGGUGUGGAAAAAGUCAUAAAGUGUAGAAAAAGAGGAAAGCUGGUGCAGCAGAAUCUCUCUCACACACACACACACACUUCGGUUUUAUCACCACACACUGCUUCUUGGAGGACCAAGUCGUGGACAGGCUCAAUCAGGCUAAUUAAACGAGUCGGAGUUAGCUUCAUGUCAGUACUGCUAACAGGGCGGGCUGCUAUCGAUGGGCUUCAGUCCCAGUUCUUCCCCGUGUUUACGUCGUGUUUUUGUGUGUUCUUCGUGUGUGUAACUCAUCAUUGCACUUUUUCCCUUAAAAACACACACACACACACACACACUCCUACACACACAUUAGCUGUGUGAGAACAGGUAGCCGUUAGCCGCCUAGCUCACUUUAAAACCACAGAAGAGGGGAAAAAAACCAGUAGCUUCCUCAUAGAGGAUUAUUAGAGGGUGUUGAAGUCUAGUAAAUUCUGAGUUGUAUAAAAAUGAAGACUGUACAAAUCAAGAAAGAAAAGUCAAUUCUUAUGUCAGCCAGACGGUCUAAGUUUGACGAACUCAGAGGCCCUCAUUUGUGGAGGGGUAUGUUUAAACGUAGAGAUGUUUAUUUUACUGCACACUGCAAGUAGAGGGCGCUAGAGUCACUGUAACCCCACCAAAGGUGUCGUGACACGGAUUGAUUUCUUGUCUUUUUUUUUUUUUUUCUAAACAUGUAGCCAGGGCCCAGAGCUCGCGUGCUUGUAAAUAAUAUAUAUUACGAUUUCUAUUUCCUAAGACAGGGACUAUGGAAGGUGUCUUUGUUAAACCAAUAAUAUCCUAAUGUUUGCCAAAUAAUGAGUGCUGUAUCCUCUCUGAUGGUAAUAACGCAUCUGUUAAUUGUGAUGUACAAAACCAGUUUUUUCAUUCUUUAAGAAACAGCUAUACUAUGAAAACCAAUGACUGGGCAGGGAAUUCAAUGGACAAACUGUGUUUUUGGAUGUUUUUCAAACGGAUUUCUAAAUGUCUGUUAUUUCCUCCAGGAUACAUGACGCUCUGCUUUACCUCAUUCAGCACGUCCUACCAGGGCCAGUCCAAGGUUUUUAGUAGAACUUGACACAAGGCCCCACUUGCAAUUAAGUCUCACAAGCGUAAUUAAAAGACAUUUAAUUAAACAGUCUAGCAGAGACUGAAUUGUACAUGAAUGUGAGCUCCACCUCAGAUAUUUAAAAAAAAUGUCUUAAAAUUUAAUUUAAAAAAUCCUAUCAAAUUUUAAAAAUCUAAUGUAUUACAACUUGUAAUAAAAUAGAAAUUAUUAAAUUAGCAGCAAUAAAUUGCCUCUAGCACGACCAUCAAACUAAAUUUCCCCUUGUAUGAAGACAUAACACAUUUUGUAUGUUUUCUUUUUCUAAAYGAAACAAACUAAGUUAAUUUAAAAAAUGGAAAGCUAUUAAAAAAGAAUCAUUAGUUUUAUAUUGCAACUCCAACAUGCGACARACAUGACUGAAAUUAAAUUGAAAAUUAAAAAGAAAAAGGAAGUUUUCUUAAGCUUAAAACUGAAUACUGCUCACGUAAAAGCCAUGAUUUCUCACAAUCAUGAACGUAAACAUUGGCUGCUGACAUAUAUCAGCUGGAAUUAGUGAUAGUGAAAGGGCUAUUGGGGGCCCCCUGCUGGCCUGGGGGGCCCAAAGCAGUGACUUAGCCUGCUUUUUACCUGGGGCCACUCUCCUUCCCAUUCUGAUUGGAUACAUUUUUAGCAGAGCUAAAGUCGGGUUGGUUGAAGCAGAAAGCACAUAAGAGGCAGGUUGGUUCUUAAUGGCGCAAACUUUGGUUGAAUUCCUUUUUUUUUKUUGCCAAAAUGGCCGAACCUGUUUCUAAUUCAGCAUCACAGACUGUUAGGGGUUUCUACAUUUUGUAAUCGGCUGGUUUGGGCUCCUUCUCACUGUACUCUCGGAAAGAUAAUUAACGUGGCAAUAAUACUCUGUUAUGUAAUGCCUGUUUCAUUUUAAGUAACAAUGUUCUGUGUAAAACGUGCUAUGAAUAGAAAUGUCCCCAAGUCGUUGUGCUUCCAGUUUUUGGUCCUCUUUCCUUAAGGAUCCUAAUGCAUGAAAAUCCAGUAAAGCUCGUCUUUAUUUUCUCUUGUAAGUGUCACACCAAGUGUACUUAUGUCUGUAAAACCAUCACUAAAUAUAGGAUGUGUUUUUGGAUGCCUAAGAUACUUACUCUGUAAAAAAAAAWAAAUAAAUAAAAAGAGAUGUCCUGUGCUUAUGAUGGGCACAACAGCACCA